GACAUGGUUAAAUUGUUUACAAUCUAGAUCUAGAUCUAGACAAUAUCAAUCACGACUAUCUAGAUAUAGACAAUAUCAAUCACGACUAUCUAGAUAUAGACAAAAUCAACGGACUAUCUGUAGACAAUAUUAAUCACGACUAUCUAGAUAUAGACAAUAUCAAUCACGACUAUCUAGAUAUAGACAAUAUCAAUCACGACUAUCUAUAGACAAUAUCAAUCACGACUAUCUAUAGACAAUAUCAAUCACGACUAUCUAUAGACAAUAUCAAUCACGACUAUUUAGAUUCUCGCUAAGUGUGGACUGGGCUCUUACCUCUAAUCUUGUAUUAGAACACAGAUUUAGAGAUUUUAAAAUACGGACCUUUUUUUUUUUAGAUCUAGACGUCUAUUCUGUGUAUGCAACAUUUGUAAAGUCAUCCUGUGUACGACUUGAUACUAAGUAAAAAAAAACAAAAAGUCAUGUCCAUAAAUCGAGAAUUGGCCUACGGAAUUGUCCAAGGUUUGAGGGACUUCUGGAAAUGCGAUGAUUUACAAGAUUUUACAGUCACGCUUGGUACAACAACGUUUGGGUGUCAUAGGUUUCUUCUGGCAGCUUGUUCUGGGUAUUUUAAAGCGUUGUUUCGAUCCGGGAUGAAAGAAACGGAGAUACGGAAUGUAGAUAUUGAUGACAUCUCAAGUGAAACUUUCGAAUUGAUCCUGGAAACUCUCUACACUGGUCAUGGUGUAUUGACAAAUGACAAUGUCAUUGACAUCUGGAGGGCCGCUGACAAGUUGCAAAUAGUUUUUCUGAUCACUGAAUGUGAACAUUAUGUAAUUAGAUCUAUGUCGUCAGAAAACUAUAUUGAAUAUUAUCAAAUUGGCAACCUCUUAAGCUCCCAGCCAGUAACCAAAGCAGCUUCGCUUUAUGUUCUAAACAAUUUCAAUUCCUUUGUGAAGACUAGCGCCUUCUUGAAGUUAUCAAUGAAUGAUUUGUUAAAAUUAGUUCAAAGUCAGAAUUUGAAAGUAAAUUCAGAACAUGACGUGAUUAUGGCCAUUUUAAAAUGGACAGAGUUCAGACCUACUGGACCGCAGGACAAUCUGUCGAACAUUCGUGAAUUGAGAUGCAAGCGUUUAAAAGCGUUAAAUAUUAAUGACAAGGGAGGUAAUACUGGUGACAUUGAAAUAUUUGCUGGUUCCGCUCAAAGUGACACAGAUCCUAGGAAUAUCUCUUCAAAUAACAGAGAACAGCAUCUGGGACUCUUGCUGUCAAAUGCCAGAACAUGCCUAUUAAGUCGUGAAAGUUUAGAAAUGCUGCUCUGUAACCCACUGGUCAGCGACAACAAAACGGCCAGCGAUGUCGUGAACAAAGCUCUCCUGUACAAACUUCAAAUCGGGAAAAGAAAUGGCCAAUGGCCAACAGCGGCGGUACGUAGAAAUUGCAGCGAGUAUGAAAACGUUGCCUGGACAACGAAACAGCAAGAAGGUGGGCUGUUUUCAUUACAGACACUCUCUUUUACAAGAAACAAAUGGCUCAGAUUUGACGUUCGAAAUUUCUACGAAAGAGACUUUGUUGCAUUUAGUGCAAUCGACAAUAACGUUUAUUACUUCUAUAUGACGCAAGUAGAAGGCCAAGAAAUUAAUGGGCAUGUUAUCGCUUAUGGGUUAGUUGAAAAGGAAUUGAAACCAAUAAAAAUGUCACUGACAUUAAAGUAUGCGAAAUUCUUUGCAACAGUAGUAGAUGAACUCAUUUACAUACUUCCAAACAAUGGGACAGUAAUGUGCAGUCUUAAUCCAUCCUCGGAAGUUCUUGUAACUUUGCCUCGUGUACCAGCAGACCCAACAAUGCAAGACGACCACCCAAUCUGUCACGUAACGACUUUUGAACAAAUGAUUCUUGUCUUUUCAAGCGUAUCUGAGAAAGGGGCAGACGAGACUGUCACCCAGUGCUAUGAUACGACCAAAAAAAUCUGGACAAGGCUCAACAAUCUCGAAGGUUCAGCUAAUGGAAUGACCAGUUUUAAAGAUGAUCAUUUUACUUACUUUUUGAAGUCCAGUGGUGAUCUGUGGAAGAUGGUCAAGCCACAGUCAGAUGUUUUAGAAUUUGAAUAUGUAGCCAAGUUGUGGAGUUGCAACUGGUUGCUUAGCGGAGCAAUCACAUUUUUGGAUAAACUUUAUAUCUGUGGGGUCAAGUCAGAAACACUUUCCAUCGAUUCUCAGCGACUUCCUUGCCUGCCAGGUGUAUUCAGCAAAAUUGUUUUCAUAGAACGCGAGUCGGAAGAGAAACAGAUCUUCAUGCCAGUUACAAUAAAGAAAACAUAUAUGGUCUAAGUGAGAGACUUAUUAGUAAGGUCAAAUCAUAUCUGCACAAAUUUAUUGAAAAAUUAUUUCAUAACAUACUUCAUUUGAUAUUGCAUUUAUACUACGUAACUGGAAAUAGAUUCAAACAUAAAAUUAUUUUA